AUGAUGUCGUAUAAUGCUACCGAUAUUCCACCCGGCGAAACCAUUGACGACGUCUCGUCCUACGGUUAUAUUCCCACGCGGGCCAGCGCCGCCGUGUUCCUCACUUUGUAUAGUAUCACCACAGCGUUGCAUCUUGCACAAGCGAUAUACUUCAAACUCUGCGAUAAUGCGUUCCUCAUGCAAAUCACGACUACUAUCAUCUCGCCCACACCGCUGAUCGCCGCUAACUUCAUUAUCCUCGGAAGAAUCAUCUUGAGGCUAGGCCAGGGAUAUAGCCGGAUCAGCCAGUGGUGGUACACGCGCAUCUUCCUCACCUGCGACUGCAUAGCCCUCACCAUCCAAGGCGUCGGAGGCGGUAUCGCUUCCAGCGCGAACGACGAAGCCGGUGCAAACGUCGGCGGCAACAUCAUGCUAGCCGGCAUCGUCUUCCAGCUCGUUUGCAUCGUCCUCUACGCCGCUCUCGCCGCAGAGUUCUUGUGGCACUACGUCCGCGACAUCCCGUUCCGCCGCGCUUUCGUGUACGAGCAGAGGUCAAAGACGCCGCGCCGGUUGAAGAUCAUGCUCGUCGGCAUGGCUGUCAUGACUAUCUGUCUCUUCAUCCGCUCCGUAUAUCGUACGGCGGAGUUGUCUGAUGGCUGGAACGGGACUAUCAUCACUACCGAGUGGCCCUUCGACCUCUUCGACGGCGCAAUGGUCACAAUCGCCAUGUUCUCGCUCAACAUCGUUCACCCGGGCUUCUUCCUCGUGCCCGAGGAGACGCCCUCCAACAUCGCGUACACUUCCGACUCUAGAACAAGCUCAUCAUCUGGCGCGCCGAUUGUAGAAAAGAAGGGAGACACUUCUGUGUAA